GCUUCAGCUGUAUAAACAGUAUUUCUAGCGUUCCCAAGGGUGCACGGCAAAGUAGCGUCGGACAUCCAGUAGCCCGCUGCAGCACAUUCUAUCAUCGAGUAAACUCUACGUCGAGUAAACGCAACAACGCGCACUCGCGCAGAGACACUGCCCAUCAGGAUUUCGCAAAAGCAACAAAACCCACUCGACGUCGAGGGUAGAAGAGGCCUGCAAAUUUCCGAAGAGCUCGCGGAAAUGGCGACGGUGCUGCCGCUUGCCGCCGCCUCGGCCUCGGCCACGCCGAGGACUUGCAUCUCCGGCGGCCCAGUUCCCGCGCGAUUCCUCGGGACUUGCAUGCGUCUCCGCAUCCACAUCCCACCGCGGGGCGUUGCCUGCGCCCUCAGAAGGAGACCCACCAAGUACAAGACUAAAAUCCAGAGUGAGGAGGAUGUGGUGGCUGCAGAAGAUGUCAUGGAUGAUGAUGACGACGAGGAUGGUGCACUGGAAGCACUUUUCAAGCAGCUGGAAGAAGAUCUUGACAAUGAUGAUUUAUCUGUCGAUGAUAAUGAUAUAUCAGAAGAAGAUAUGGCAAGGUUUGAAAAGGAGUUGGCAGAAGCAAUUGAAGAUGUCAGUGGUGUUGAUGACUCAGCGGGGGAUUCGUUGCUGAGCUCUGGCGACUAUGGUAUUGAUGAGCAACUAGAUGGAAGCGAACGGGCAGAGCUGAAAACCUGGCAACUCCGGAGAUUGGCUCGUGCACUGAAAAUAGGCCGGCGUAAAACUAGUAUUAAGAAUCUUGCAGGGGAGCUAGGCCUAGAUAGGGGUUUGGUUAUUGAAAUGCUCCGCAAUCCACCACCGAAGCUUCUACUCAUGUCUGAUUCUUUGCCUGAUGAAGUCCCUUCUAAAUCUGAAGUGAAGGAAAUAGAAACCCCUAGUACGACCACUGUUGACGAGGUUGAUACCAGUGAAAUCAAACCACAGUUGGAGCUUCCAGUGCACGUCAUGAGUGCAGAAUGGUCUGCAAGAAAAAGACUGAAAAAGGUGCAACUUGAGACCUUAGAAAGAGUCUACCUGCGAAGCAAACGGCCCACGAAUACAAUGGUCAGCAGCAUAGUUCAAGUGACAAACCUUCCGCGAAAGACCAUUGUUAAGUGGUUUGAGGAUAGAAGGGAGCAAGAUGGAGUCCCUGACCAUCGUGCUGCAUUCAAGAGAUCCCUAUCUGAGAUUGGUGCUAGUUCAUAACUUCUUCAGAUAAGCCUUUGUUACGGUGUUUACUUGGAACCAUUACAAACAUGUAAAUUUGAGCUUUGAAAUUAUGACAAGUUUUGCAAGCUCAACAUGCAGUAUCUUUUAGAUUGUA